AGUUGUUUAUUAAAGAAACAAGCAGAUAUGGAGCAGUGCAGCUUUAAUGCAGAGUCGCGUUUCUGGCCACCUGCUGAGUCUGGUGGGUCCGCCCCUAUCGGUCUCUGCACAUGGAUCGGUCUUCUAUGAGAGCCCCAGCAUCAGAGAGUGGAGUGUGGAAACAGGAAGAGGAGGAGAGGGGAAGAAAGGAGACAGAGGAGAGGAUCGGGUGAGAGACAAGGUGGCGAGGAGUGAAAGGGAGGAAAAGGGGAGCAGAGGGGCGUGUGGACCAAAGAGAACGAAGACAAAAAAAAGCUAGCAGAGGAUGAGCAUGUCUAUUUAAAGGGAUCUGAGACUGCACAGGUCUGCUGUCUUUCUAUUCCUGACUGACAGCAUCAUUGAAUUUGGACCAGAGAGUCUGUCUCCCCCUUUUCUCUCAGAACUCAUCGCAAGGCUGUUUUUUGCUCUCAGGUGUGAAGUGGAGGGCCUCCCAGAUACAGACCAAGACUGGCUGCAUGUAUCACCCAGCAGAGCUGUACUCUGGCCGUAACACAUGGGACUCCUAUCCAGCUGGAGGACCUAACAGAGGACAAUGGGCUCCUGUAAACAGUCGCCUCUGGAGCCACACAAACAGAUGCCAAGAAGGGCGCAAUCAAUCACAUCAUCCACUAUCAAAUCGUCUUUAUAAUAGGGGGGAGAGAACAGUUAACCAUGUUCAGGACAAAGGUAUCUCAAAGGGGCACAGACAGCAUGUACGUCUUUGGGAUGGUAAAGAGCAGCUGUUUGAGGCCCAGAAUUGGCAUCAAAACUCCACACGCUCAUUCCACACCCGAACUGCCACCAACAAUGGUUAUCCUGCAGGACCCGCAGACCGCUACGCAACCUGGGACAACAGUGUCAGCAACUCUGUGCAUGGGGGUCCACGCCUACGUCGCAACAACCGAGAGCUCCAGUCCCCACCAGAGAGAUGGGCCCCCUCAGACUGCCGCAGGAGCUUCCCAGGCAGAAUGAUAAACAACAGGCCAGGACCCUGGAAGCGGCCAGCCCUCCAUCAGCGGCGGGACCAAUUACACCAGCACAGUCCACCCCCACUGCACCCUUUAUCCCCAAGGGAAGAGUGUCCUGCUAAGAGGAGAAGGGACUCUGGCCCUGAUCAGUCAUCUCAUCCUGGAUCAAGGCAUUUACCUUUACUCGCCCAUGCCCCAUCACCACCUCGCCACCACCGCUUCAACCAAGAUGACUGGAAGCCUCUUAAUGACAGGGCGGGUCCUUGCCACCUCUCUGACCACAGGACCUCAACAACACAGCAACAGGAAACCUCUAAACUGCGAGCUGGACAUGGCUUCAAUAACAGCAACCUAGCAGCUCUGAAUCAGAGUUGUGGCAGCAGACCGCCCCAUCACGGAAGCAGAGGGAAGGUCGAGCGGAAAAUCUCGUCUUCACCAGCAGACCACACCCGUGUGCCUUACAGCCACCAAAAUCAUCAUUACCACUAUCAGCGGCACACAGGCCACCCCAGAGACCAACAGCACAACCCCCCACUACAUUCUCUAGAGGAGAAGGACUCACGGAGCCAUCACCACAAACAAAGCACAGAACCUCAACGUACUCAUCAAAAAGGCAAUUCAAGGGAUCCAGCCCUUUCCAAGUCUUCUGCUGCAGACUCUCCUCCAUAUUCAUCCCUCCUCUGCAGUACUAAAGAUGGAGGUUCUACUGCCAGCAGUCCACAUGCUCCCUCCAGUCCCCCCUCAUAUGCAGUAGCCAGUGGCAGGAAAGAUCCAUCAAUUAUUCGCCAGUGUAGUCCUGGUCUCAGUGGACAGAAGAAACUCCAGGGAAGCCCCAUUCACACCCCAAGACCCAGCCUGACAUCCAGCACAUCUCUCACAUCUCACAAUGGUCCAAAAUCCAGGUUUUCAGACAUCAAGUACAGGAAGACCUCACAGCCCCUGUGCUCACGACAGUUCCCCCACAGCAGGUCGAGAGCAAACAAGCCUGAGAAGGAGUUGGAAGAACACAAAAAACCUGAGUGCAAACAAAAAGAUAAGCUUGAGAAAAAGGAGAGAAAGGGAGAAGUUCAAAAGACAAACAGGGAGGGCGAUGAGAGAAAAAGGCGGAAGAAAAAGGAGGAGAAAAGGUUGGGUGACAGAAAAAAGAAAAGAGAUAAAGCAGUCAAAAAAGAAAGAAAGCUAGACUUGAAAAUGGAGGAAAUGCUGACCGCCACCUCUGCUUUCAGCUCUUCAGGAGAGGUCAAAAUGAGUAAAAUGGAGACUGCAACUCUGACCCCAGAGAAUCAAAGCCAGUCAACACCCAAACACAAGCACAGGGUGAGGAGUGAACGAGCAGAGGGGCCACACAGGCCAUCAUCUACAAAUACUCCUCAUCCCAGCUGCACUUCACCACAGCCAUCCUCAAAAUCUGAAAAUCACAAAUUGUCCAGAAAGAACAGCAGUCACCACAAACUCCCUGUCAGGAAUCAACCAAUGCAGUCUCUUCCUAGAAACACCAGCCCGAACCAGACCAGCAAAAAAGCUGCCACUGUCUCAUCCCAAUCAGAAGACGGACCAGAAGGAAAGCCUGAUGAUACUCUCCCUUCACUUUUAUUUAAAGCCUUAGCACCACUCAGUACAGCGUGUUCUGUGAGCUUAGAGCAGCCUGACCAUGGCAAAGACAGUGGCCAGGGAGGAGUCCUCAAUGCUCCAGAUCUCCAGCCUGUGGCUGUGAUGGGAAAUUUGAGGGAACUGGGAGAUAACCUUGCAAACACUCCUCCUGUUCUGAGCUGGCAGGGAUCUCCAGUAUCAGUUCUGGAAGAGGAUGAGGAAGAUCUAGAAAAGGGAGUGAUAAGUAGACCUGUCCUCCAGCCCAGCCCCACCCAGUGCUUUUCUCCUCCUCCUGUAGACAAUGAGAGCACUGAUGAUAUGAGAAAGGAGCCUUGUGAAAGUUUAGUGACUGACUGUUCCCACAAUGACAGUUCUGAACCCUGUGAUCUGCCUUGUACUGAACAAGUUGCUGAGGAGGAAAAAGAAGAAGACGUGGACAGCAGCGGUGAAACUUCUGUCUCUCUUCUUCGUGAGCUUCGUGACCAUAAAGCAGGAUUAGACAAUGUCUUCAAGAGCCUGGCCACCUUUCUCGGAGGCCAGAGGGUCGCAUGUCGAGGCGGUCCAUUUGGCAGGCCUCCUGCUAGCACUGCAGGAGGUGUGAAGUACUCCUCUUCUCUUGCAAUUGGGCCAGACAUUCACUGUCACGAGCAGCACGAGUUCUCCCCCAAAUCAGAUCCCACGGCAUCCUCCAAACUCUGUAAUCAGUCACCAACUCACACUACCUCAGACAGGCUUUUGAAGCCCCAUAGUCCAACAGAUGUGAGUGAGCCAGUUGUGGACGCCCUGGUGCAGGAGAAGCAGGAAGAGACUCAGAAUGAUACAAAUGUGAAACAAGAGGGUAAGGACACAGAGACUCUCCCGGAGAGAAUUGAGUCAUCUCUUUUGGACAGGUCACUGAGUGCAGAGCUGAGACUGACCACCAUGAAUGCGGCCUCUUUCACCGGCCUCCUCACUGUUUCCACCAAGGAAGAGACAGAACACAGACAGGCAGACAGAAAAAGAAAACAGAAGGAUACAGAUGGAGGAAGAGAGGAAGAGAUCAAAAUUAAGAUAAAGACAGAAGAAAGCAGUGUGACCUGUAUUAAAAACGAAGUAAAUCAAAUGAAGGAUUUGGAAGAAAGGGAUGUUUCAUCCUUAGAGUCAGUCAUUUUGAGAAGCUCACCCAGACCUCUCAAAGAUAGUUUGAAGGGUCAGAUUUCUCAGGAAAAUCAAACCCCACAUGGCAAGGACAUCCAGAGAGAAAAGGUGGACACUGGGAAUGCUGAGGUGAACGUAGCAACAGAGAAGAGGGAAGUGGUCACUGAGUUAGAAAAUAAGAUACCCCCAGUAGCUAGAAACACAGAUACCAAGACCUCAAACUCAGCGACAACUGUAACAAUCAGUCCAUCCAAAUUAUGCGUCUCGACACCAGCAAGUAAACCCCCCUGCUCAUUAGCUCCAGUCGACCCACUGAAACUGAAAGCAUUGUCCAUGGGCUUGUGUAAGGAGCUGAGGAUCCUCGUGAUCAAAAUGGAGAGUGCUGGAAGACAAACAUUCAACAUAUCAGAGGUAGAGGAGCAAAGAAUCCCACUUACCAAGAUCAACAUCAAAAACACGGCAGCUGAAGUGAUCAGAGCUUGCAAGGGCACAAAGGUGAAGGGGAAAUUCAAGGAGUCAUACCUGCUUCCCACUUUAUCUGUCAAACCUGACAUUGCCAUCAAGAUACCCAUUCCUCGAGAAAAGCUUAACCCUCCUACACCAAGCAUCUAUUUGGAGAGCAAGAGGGAUGCCUUCUCUCCAGUUCUGCUUCAGUUCUGCACUGAUCCCAAAAAUGCUGUUACUGUCAUCAGAGGCCUUGCUGGCUCCCUCCGCCUUAACCUUGGUCUGUUCUCCACCAAAUCUCUGGUGGAGGCCAAUGCAGACCAUGCAGUGGAAGUGAGGACUCAGGUUCAGCAGCCCGCUGACGAGAACUGGGACCCCAGUGGCUCAGCACAGACGUGGCCCUGUGAAAGCAGUCGCUCACACACCACCAUUGCCAAAUACGCCCAGUAUCAGGCCUCCAGCUUCCAAGAGAGCCUGCAGGAGGAGAAGGAGAGUGAGACUGAAGAGGAAGGAGAGCAGACCAAGACCUCAGACCCAUCAGCCACUACAAAAGCUGGUCUGACACUAGCCAACAAUAAAGGCAGCCCUGCCUCAACUACCAUUAAAGCCAAUGCUGCUCCCAUCUUCAAUAGAGCCCACUCUGUUCAUUCCACCAGCACACCCAGCUUAGAGCAGAAAACAGUCGGAAAGAUCAUUAAAUUCGGGACCAACAUAGAUCUCUCAGACCCUAAAAGGUGGAAACCCCAGCUGCAGGAGCUGCUCAAGCUGCCAGCUUUCAUGCGAGUGGAAUCCAGCAACAACAUGCUCAGUCAUGUCGGUCACACCAUCCUGGGCAUGAACACUGUCCAGCUCUACAUGAAGGUGCCAGGCAGUCGCACGCCAGGUCACCAGGAGAACAAUAAUUUCUGCUCCGUCAACAUCAAUAUCGGACCUGGUGACUGUGAGUGGUUUGCUGUCCAUGAGCACUACUGGGAGGAUAUCAACAAAUUCUGUGAGAAGCAUGGAGUAGACUACCUUACAGGGUCCUGGUGGCCAGUCCUGGAAGACCUCUACAGCUCCAACAUUCCUGUGUAUCGCUUCAUUCAGAGACCAGGCGACCUAGUGUGGAUCAAUGCAGGGACCGUGCACUGGGUCCAGGCAGUGGGCUGGUGCAACAACAUCGCCUGGAACGUGGGACCGCUCAACUCGUACCAAUAUCAACUUGCCCUGGAGCGCUUUGAGUGGAACGAGGUGAAGAAGGUUAAGUCAAUCGUUCCCAUGAUCCACGUUUCUUGGAAUGUGGCUCGCACCAUCAAGAUCAACGAUCAGGAUACCUUCAAGAUGAUCAAACACUGCCUGAUGCAGUCCAUCAAGCACAUCCAGAUUUUGAGAGACCAGCUGGUGGCUGCAGGGAAGAAGAUCUGUUACCAGAGUCGUGUGAAGGACGAGCCGGCCUACUACUGCAAUGAGUGUGAUGUGGAGGUGUUUGACCUGCUGUUUGUGACCAGUGAGAACAGCAGUAAAAAGACCUAUGUGGUGCACUGUGAAGACUGUGCCCGAGCUAAAACCCCAUCUCUGGCAGGAGUGGUGGUGCUGGAACAGUAUCGAAUAGAGGAGCUGAUGAGAACCUACGACAGCUUCACGCUGGCUCCAUCACCCUUUUCAAAGUGAGGACUCCUCCCUGGUGUCUCUCAGCCAUAACCAAAACUCUAAUGGCAGCACAAAUGUUGUCUUCAAGGCAAUCUAUUCCUGUAAACACUUUCUGAAUCAGCCAAUCACGUUUACUCAGUAUUGUUUACAUCACACAAUAAGGUAUGGAUACUCAGCCAAUCCAACUAUAGCUCACUGUCUUCCCCAUACCAGCUGCUGAUUGGACGUGUUUUUUGAAAUAGAAUGACUAGACUGGUACUUCUCAAGAAAAGCAUUUCAGACAUGUAGAAAAAAAACACAAAAAAAAAACAAUGUAAGCACUGCUAGCACUGAAAAUCAGGUUAUAUCUUCAACGGACACUGCUGUGAUUCAAAAGCGUCAAGUAGCCAGUUCUGUGUAUUAAUUCAGGUACUUUUAUGCAAAUUAAGUAGAACUUUUUUACACCAAUCUAGUUAUUCUAUAUGUCCAUGAAUUUGCUGUGAUUCUAUUGUACCAGCAGGGGAAUCACUUCACAGGAGAAGUAGCUGAUUGUCACAUUUGGCAUUGUAUUGGUUCCUGUUUUUUUGUUUAGUAUUCAGGUAAACUCUGACAUUUGUAACUCCUGUCUGUAAACUCUUUGAGGUGCUAUUCCAGUUUUAUUUAUUCACGUUAGAUACCGAAAAAGUUUUACCAGCCUAGAAGUACACCACAUUGGCCUUGUGAACUGUAUUUAGAGGAGAUGUAAUUAGAGGAUUAAACACACCCAAAUAAGGUUUUAUGUAAGUAUUAAAAAACAACAAAAAAAAGCUAAUCAAAAACUUUUAUCAGUUUCUCUAAAAUACGGGUUUACUAGAGGACUAAUAUGGUUUCAUUCUUAGUUGGAAAUCAAGUAUGUAGAUGGAAAAUUAGGAUUUUUUUAUUUGUUUUUUCACAAGUCCAGCUAAAUAGUUGUUGGUGUGGUUACUAUGAUACACCCAGAAAACAGACAUAGUGUCGUUUUUAUUUUUGAAAUGGGAAAACAAUCUCAGUUUUAUACCUCUUUUGUUGCUAUGUUCUUGUUUCUAGAUGACAGAGAAAAUAAAUAAUUGUAAAUUGUGAAUGAAUUUAUGGGAUACACAGUGGUGUGCAUAGACGGGGUAUGGGGGUGAGGGAGUGGGUCACUUAUAGUUGUUUGUGUUAGUGAAGUGCCCAUUGCAGUCUGGGAAAAGUAAUAUGUCCAAAGAGACACACAAUCAUAAUCUUCUAAUGCAAAAGCCAGUUAGGGCAAACAGAUGAUCAGACUGCAGGGCAACUCAGUGUUUCCAUUCUGCCCCAAACAUCCAUCUGCAAGGCUCAGCUCCAUGCACUGCCGCCGCGUUUAAUAUGCUGUAUUUCAAGUUUAACAUAUAGAAGAGCACAUGAACUAAGACAUCACAAAAAUGUUUUAAAUAUUUUUUUUUCCUUUCUUUUCAACAACAUUUAAACAGUCCUUCAGAAGUAAAGCUCUUAUUUUGGUGACAAUACAUAGUCCAAAUUCCAAAGCAGUUUUAUUUAUUUAUUUUUUCUGUCUUUUUCUAGUUGAUUUACUGUACUGUACUAGUCUAUUUUUUUACAUUUAAUUAUUUGUUUUUGUCAUUAUUCUGUAUUUUGCAUUUGCUUAAAGGACCAGUGUGUGGAAUUUAGAGCGAUCUAAGAAAUUGAGUACAAAAUUUAGAAUUAUGUCUUCAUUAAUGUAAGAUCACCUGAAACUAAGAAUCAUUUUGUUCUUGCUAGUUUAGAAUGAAUCUUCAUAACUACAUAGGGGGCAGAACGUAUUAUUAACCCAAACCCUAACCCAUGUUUCUACAGUUGCCCAGAAUGGACAAACCAAACACUGGCUAUAAAGAUGGUCUUUCAUGUUCUAACAUUACCUGAAGGCCACUGUAGAUUCUCCAACUCACUUAAAAAGGGAGAAGUGAAGGGAGGAGUUUGUGGUUGGUUGCAAUCUACAACCUCACCACUAGAUGCCAUUAAAUCCUACACAUUGGUCCUUUAAUUUUAGUUACAAUGUUUCAGCAACAAAAAAUGAUGGCUGGUAGUGUUUUGUUGUAUUUUUCUAUUACUAGAUAACAUAAACAAUUCUAUUCUGUCUAUUGAUAGGGACAGGUUAUAUGUGUUUAUUGAAGAAUUGUGACCAGCAUACGUAUUAAGCAGGAUGUUUUACAGCUGAAAAACUAUGUAAAGGUGACACUGAGUGAGUUAUUAGUCUAGCUGUAUUUCAGAAAACUGUGAACAGCUUUGAUUCCACAUAAAAUCAGAUUAUCUCGUACCACACUGGACAGUAGUCAACAGGCUUUUUUUUCUUUAUUUAAAUGGAAGUUCAGCAUUACUGCUGUGUCAUAUUCUAAUAAAAAUCCCCAUAAAUGACAACUUGCAGCUCUUACCCCCUCCAUCAUUAGUCUGUGCACACCAUUUCAUGUACAUAAUGUAUCUGUUUUCAGGUUUACUAGAGGAAUUAUGUCAUUUUGUUCUCAAUCAAAAAUCUAAUUUGUAUAUGGUCAAAUUUCUCCACCUCAGUCGUUUGUUUUUGUUGUUGCUAUAUUAUAAUACACCCUAAAAAUAUCCUGUUUUGUUCUAGUUUAAAUUACUGCAAUGGGAAUUUCUUCCCACUUUUAUACCUCUUUUUGUUGUCAGUUUCUGAUUUUUGGAUCACAGAGGAAAUGGAAAAUUGUAAAUUGUGACAUUAUUUAUACUGUACAUGGUUGUUUUCUUAUAUAUUUAUUGCAUUUCAAAGGGUACUUCACUUGAUAAGGGGCUACAAGGUAUUUUAAAAAUGUAGUAUGAUCAUAAUGUGUGGAUAGGGGAAGUGCAAUCAGGGGGGCGGUUUAAUUUUCAUGGUGCUAGACCCCUCCUUGCCUCAAUGCCCCCUCAUUAAAUAGCAUAUACUGAUGUAUCAACAGAAGUAACUGAUACAGCUCAAACCAACCAGUUGGUGCUUAGAACCAUUUCAACACAGUUUACUGGUAACAGAAAUGGAAUGAUGUCUUUGUACUGUAUCGAACAGAUAAAUAAAAGAUCUUUUUAAACUUUAUUUCCAGUGUAUGAAAUUCAUAAUCUUGUGAGGCAUUAGUGGUUUUAUGAUGAGCAUUAGCAGUAGUUGUAAUUCUUGACUCUUUUGCAAAGACUUUUAGGGAUGUGACUUUUAAUGGCGUCUGGGUCUUGGGUUUUUUUGUGUCUUGUCCUCAUUCUUAAUAUUAUUUGAGGGAUGUAUUGAUGCUCUUUUUCCUCUUGACUUGUUUGAUUUAUGCUGCACUUAUUGUUUCAAAAAGAACUCACAUAGAAGAAAACCUGAGCCAGACCUGUCUUAAAUCCCUCUGUGAUUUUUCUGUGACAUAUUGUAUUGUUGUUCAAGAAAAUAAAAUGUUUUGAUAAAUUA